AUGAAACGCGCUUGCAGCCCAGAAACUAGCCCAGACCAUGAGCUGAGACAAGAAAUUCCGCUAAAUGACGAGCGUCCAAUUCUCAUGAGCCUUAAUACGCCUGUCUCUCCGCCAAAAAAGAGAUCAUCCAUCAAAUGUGUCAAGGAUGGAGAUGGAAGAGACUCCAUCCCGCCGAACGUAUCACAACUAAACACUUCACCCAGCCUCGCUGCCAUCGAAGCAGGCCAGGUUGAAGUGAUCGACCAUCUGAGCACGAUUUCCGCAAAGCUCAAAGAAUACGUUCGCCCACCUCCAAAACAGUCAUUACCACGGCUGCCCAUCAAAGAAUGGAUCGAGCUGUAUAGACGAAACGAGCACCCAGAAGGACGUCAUUUCGUCAUUCAUCAACAUGACCAUCCCAUCGCAGGGCCGCAUUACGAUCUUCGCCUCCAGUUCUCAGAGACUAGCUCUGUGAGUUGGUCGGUUAUGUAUGGGAUGCCUGGGGAUCCGAAUAGCCAGCGAUUAAACCGGAAUGCAACUGAAACUCGAAUCCAUUGUCUAUGGAAUCAUCUCAUUGAAACGGCUUCCUACAAAACGGGGAGUCUUAUUAUCUGGGAUACUGGAGAAUAUGAAAUUCUACCUUAUCAAAUGGACCAAUCUGGCCCGGAGACCGAUGAUUCUCGAUCAGAGAACUCCGAAGAUAGUCACGUUGCACCGGAAGAGCAGAUCUCAGAUAGUGCCAAGUUGCGAGAAGCUUUUCAGAAUCGCAAAAUCCGACUCCGACUUCAUGGAACCCGUUUACCAAAGGACUACACUAUUAUUCUGCGGAUGGAUAAAACAACCGAUUUCGCGAGGCCGAUCCGCGAAGGCCCCAAACGGCGUCGUCGACACCCAUCCAGGCCAACGGUACCACAAGCGCCGUCGACCUCGGACUCUGGAUCGCCUUCGCCGCCACCUGGUCAGCAAGAAUCAAGUGGGGAUCCAACACCGCAACGAUCUCAACCCGAGUCUCAGACCGGCCCGGCUAGGCAUGCACGUCCAGACGAUACCCACACCGCCGACAUUGAAAUCCAAAGAAACAACGCCUACCCAGGGUCCAACAACACGAUCGGCUCGAUCCACCAACGGCGGUGGUACCUCAGUUUAGACCGGGAAGCUUCUGGAUUUGAGCCGAUCAUAAGAAAUCCAAGUGAGGGGUCGAAGGAAAGAGGCAGGAAAAGAACGUGGAUCCCUAAACCCGUCGGACAAGGCUUCGAGCCGUUUUACGUGCACGGACCGGAGGCUGAGCGGAGUAUUAUUACGGCGCGAUUGGGGCGCGACGUCUUGGAUGACGAGGCCGUGGAUGAGUUUGUGCCGAGACGCGGGUGGAGGCCGGUCCUGCAUUAG